AUGUUUGAACUUGCCAUUGUAAAACUUCAUCUUGGAAUGAUGGCUGCCGCGAAAUCCGCGGGGUCUUUCGUUGCUUUAUCACCAAAUAAUGGGCCUCGUGGUGAGGAAUGGUACUAUGAAAUAUGGAUCGCUCCAACUUUGCGUCACUCGAAGCCAGCAAGUUCCGCAUCAAAUAAGUUCUUGGAGUGCUGA